GUACAGGUGACAUGGAAAACUACAGUAAGGCGCGGACGGUGGAACAGCCGCCCUGCCCAUUCCCUGGCCUCUCCAGCGACACCAAUGAGGUUAGAGUGAAGGAUGGCAGCAAGAUCCGCAACCUCAUGCGCUACGCCCUGAGCUGCAUGGAGGUCAAGCCCAGGGCGCUGGAAGGCGAGGGGGGGCAUCCUAAGAGUGAAGAAGGGGGUAGCACCCCCGAGGUCCAGGAAACACCAAGCUCCCAGGCACCGGAAAAGAUGCCUAYCCGGCAGAUAGUAUUCACUGGGACGGGGAAGGGGGUCUCCAAGGCCAUCACGUGUGUGGAGAUCCUGAAGCGCCGUGUGAAAGGCUUGUACCAGCAGACCAGACUYCUCUUCAGCACUGUCCUGGAGGUGUGGGAACCCCUGGAGCCCGCGGCAGGCCUGGACAGCCUCAACGUUAGUAGGAACAUACCCGCUAUCUGGGUACUGCUCUCCAGAGACCCCCUGGAUGCCAGCCUGCCUGGAUACCAGGCUCCAGGGAACUUUGAUGCCCUGUGGGCACAGGCUGCCAAGGAGGAUGCAGGGGUGGCUGGUGGACAGAGGCAUGGGGGCAGGAGGAAGAGGGGAGGUGGUGGUGGCAGGGGUAAGGGACCAGGAGGCCCUGUUAGACAGACUGGUCGAUCCAGAGAGCCAGGAAAAGGCCAGAGUCGUGGUAAGGGGGCGCUGGCUGGGCAGGAAUGAGAUGUGAUCUGUGUGUGGAAGAGGCCUUUGGACCAACCUGUUAACAUCACAAGACAGUCCCCCAUCGGCCGAUGAGUGCACAAGAUAUCAACCUUUCCAACUUUUCCGUUAUUGUGUUAUGACUCACUUUUUGGGAGAGAGGAUGUGAGGGAGUGCCUAAGUUCAUAGGUCAAGCCUGAGAAUUUUCUGACUUGAGUGGAAAUGUUUUUAUGACAGAUACUUUUUUUUGUGCUCUUAUAUUUAAGUUCACUAUUUUGUCUCAUAAGUAAAUAAAGUGUAGCCUGUACAUGA